AUGUCGAAUAUCAGAAAUGUAUCAACAACUUUUGAAAAUAUUUUCUCUACGAAAAGGUAUUUUAUAAAUAAUCUAGACUCGUAUCAUGGCGAACAAAUUUUGAAGAAAGUGUCAAAAAUAAUAGAGAAAACCGAGCAGUCUACGGUAGUCUCAUCGGUGUCAGAUAUAGGAGAACACUCGGAGAUUUUGAUCUCUCCAAAGCCAAUUGCGGAUCCUUAUGAAAUCAUAGGUACCGUUAUCGAUCCUAAAAUAGCAACCAUCGACCAUGUAGCAGCAAUCGUACCUGUCAACGACUGCUUACCUCAGAUGCUCACAUGCGGGACAGUGAUUUUAGAUAUAACUAGCGAUACUCAACAAGUCAAACUUGCUUCGGAUUAUCUUAAACUUUUAAAAGACUUGCUUGAAAAGGAACAACAGGCAGAACAAGCUCAAAGCGUAGUGAACGACGCCGACGACGUACCGAACCUGGAUUCCAAGAGGCGUUAUCUGAUAUUGUUAUCCACAGUAAUGACGUGGGCCCUUACAAAGCCAUUGGACCCGGAUGCUCCAGAGAUGCCCUUUGUAGAAACGGAUUUUCGUAAAAGGAAAGCGCAUCCUAACUACAAACAGCAUUAUAACGUUGAAAAUGAGGUCAUCGGCAUUGCUAGAAAAUUCAAGUCGAAAAUUGGUGCUUUGGUGGUAGCAUCUGGUAUGACCUACGGCGGACGUGAGGACGCUCUUUACUAUUGGUUUCAAAAGGCUUGGGAAUGUGAGCCCUUCUUACCCAUACUAGGCCGUGGAGGAAAUGUUAUACCGAUUAUUAAUGUUUAUGACUUGGCAGAGAUAAUUUAUAAUCUUGUCACGACUUUUCCAAAGAAGCUAUACAUUUUGGCUGUAGAACAAAAUGUAACGAAACAGAGAGAGAUUAUUAAGCCAUUAGGACGAAUCGUUGGUUCAGGAAUGUUUAAAUGCAUACCACCGGAAGAUGCUUUCUUGAUUCCCGAAAUAAACCAAAGAAUUUACGAUCUGAUUAAUCUGAAUUUGAAUAUGGAACCGACUUACAUCGUUGAAACUAUGGGCUUGCAAUGGGUCUCAGAGAUGACCUUUGCUGAGAAUGUUCCCCUUCUUAUAAAGCAGUUUAAAAAAGAACGAGAAUUAAAAUCUUUCAAGAUUGUUAUAUACGGCCCUAUAAUGAUUGGUAAAAGUACAUUAUCAAGGUUAAUUUGCGAGAAUUACGGAUUGGUAUAUGUUUCUCCGGACACUAUUGUUAACGAUAUGAUAAAAGACUUGGAAUUGCGAAUGGAACACUGGAAAGAGGGCGAAGGUUCAAAGCUGCCAGGAAUGGAAGAGGGCGACACUGCAAUGGAUGAUGAGGAAACUGAGGAUGAUGAGAAUGAACGAGAAGCGGCUCGAGUAACUCUCGGCCUGUUGCGUUCCGGUCGCACUCCAACUGAUGAUGAAAUCAUUGGGUACUUGAGAAAAAAACUUUUAAGCCACGAAGCACAAAACAAAGGAUGGGUGUUUGAUGGAUUGCCUAUGGUUCAAAGUGCUACUCUUUUUGAAAGAGGCGAAGAACAAGAUGAGGUACAAAGCGAAGAUGAAGAUCGAGAUAUGUUUGAGGAAGACAUGGAUCUGUAUGCCAAUGUACUCAAAAAAAUGUUACCGGACAUAGUGGUGUCUUUAGAAGCAACGGAUGAAUUCAUCUGUGAGAAGGCAAUGCGUCAGCCUGAAGACGAGUUUCGUGUGGACGAAGAAACCGUGCUGAAGUUACUCAGUGAGUUCAGAGCGGCAGAUGCUCCGGACAUAUCGCCUCUCAACUUCUUCGAUGAGCUAGAUAUUCAUCCUCUGGUGGUGCCGGUAAACAACCACAAUGACUAUUCUAUGGAGGGACCGUAUGCCGAGGUGUCGCUGCGCUUGGGACGUCCGUGUCGUUAUGCAAAAUUAAUGGAGGUUAUCGAGAGAGCAGAAAAGAAAGAAAAGGCGGCAAAAGAGUUGAUGGAAGCCAAACAACGUAAAGCAUUGCAAGAAUUGGAGAAGAAAAUUAAGGAAGAAAACGAAGAGAAAAUGGAAUACUGGUCGGAGUUAUACGGAUUAAUGCGCGAAGAGGAAGAAAUGGCGUUGGCGGCUGCGGGCGAGCCGAUGCGUAACUAUCUCGUGCAGUACAUAUUUCCCACAUUGACUGCCGGACUUCUCGAAGUUGCCAAAUUACGACCCAAUGAUCCCAUUGAUUUUCUUGCUGAAUAUUUAUUCAAACUCAACCCAACCGGGAAGAUGUUGGAGCCGGGAUAUAACCUGCAGGCAGAGAAAAUUUUAGGCAAAGUGAAAAUGCUAGACGAAGCUCUCAAAGACCUGGAUAUCAACAUAGAGGCAUUAAUACCACAAGAUGCAGACGUCCCGGGCGAAGAAGCGACUGCAUCGAAAAAGAAAAUAGAAGAAAUGAACGCGUUAUAGAUUUACUAUUUGAACUUAAGAUAUUUCUAUAACUCUUUCUCUAUGAGACAUGAUUUAAAAAAAUAAACGUCUGAUAUGAUUAAACCGUUUGAUUACAAGCACC